AGGGUUAAUACUGUUUAUCACACAUCUGACGUCACAAAGCACGCAGUCACAUGACUUGCCCCUCAUGGUUUGUUGUCACAUGACUACAGAUAUCCCAAACCGGACUGGUGUUGUUACGUAAAAGACUAAGUGAAAGCAAAGAUAAAGUAUAAAGGUUUGUGCGACAUACAAGAUGCUUUCGCUGUGUUGUGUCUUGGCUGUGCUGGUGGUACAAGCCUAUGCCGCCCCCGAAGAAGAUCUUGUCACCAGUUUGCCCGGUCUGGGCUGGAAGCCGAACUUCAAGCAGUACUCGGGGUACCUUGACGCUGCGCGCUCGCGACAUUUGCACUACUGGUUUGUGGAGUCGUCCAGUAACCCCAAGACGGACCCUGUAGUUUUGUGGAUGAACGGAGGUCCAGGCUGCAGCUCUCUCCACGGCAUGCUCACAGAGCACGGACCCUUCAGGAUUCAGGAUGAUGGAAAGACGUUGGGGCCAAAUCCUUUUGCUUGGAAUCAGGUGGCCAACAUGAUCUACCUGGAGGCGCCGGCCGGUGUCGGCUUUUCUUACUCCGACGACGGGAACUACACAACCGAUGACGACGAGGUGGCAAUGAACAACCAUCUGGCUCUGAAAGCGUUUUUCACCAAGUUUCCCGAGUACAAAUCUCACGACUUCUACAUCUCGGGCGAGAGCUACGGGGGAAUCUACGUGCCCACCCUGGCCAGUGUGGUGCUGGACGACCCCGCCAUCAACCUCAAGGGUUUUGUGGUGGGCAACGGCCUGUCCGACGACGACCUCAACGACAACUCCAUCGUCUACUUCGCGUACUACCACGGGCUCAUCGGAGAAUCAGAUUGGAAGUUUCUCCUGUCGUACUGCUGCCCCGGUGCAUCGUCGGCCAGUGUCUGUGAUUUUGCCGCGGGUAGCAGAAAGUCUCAGCAGUGUCUGGAAAAG